UUGUAGAAUUUGCACUUCUAAGAAUCUUUCACCGGAUCCUACUUGGCCGUGAGCCAGUGUCCUUGGUGUGUCUCCCUCCUGGGGAGCAUUACACAGGAUUUGUGAUGUGUGAUUUGUGACGCCUGACAUGACUCCCUUUCAAAUCCUCUUCCAGGAGGCCUUUGGAGACCUGGCCUUGUUCUUCUAUGACUCGCACGGCGGGGAGGUGAUUGGAGUUUUGUGGAAACCCUCCAGUUUCGAGCCCCAGCCUUUCAAGGCAUCCAACAUGAAAGGAAGAAUGAUGGCAUCUCUAAGCUGUGAGGAGCUAGUCACCGUUCCCAAUGUGGAAGCCAUCCUAGAAGACUUUGAGAUCCUGGGAGAAGGUCUGGUCAGAUCAGUGGAGGCACGUACAGAGAAAUGGACUAUCUAAGACCAUCAAGAGCUCUUGUUAGGCCUCCUGUACCAUAUCUGUAACCCUUUCUGCUUAUAAAGCUGUUCAGGGGAAGAAAAUUCUUGAGGAAUAUCUCAAAUCCUGUUAAUCUGGUACACAUCUCAUUCAUAGAAGCAUUGCAGCCCUUGAAAAGGGAUAAUAUUUUCUAUAGACCUAGACACCCCCUCUUUAUACCUUCUCCAAAAUCAUCUCAAGGUGAGAUGAAUUGUUCAUAAAUGUUCCUAUUUGUUCAUCAUGGUGAACGUUUAUAUAAAAUUUCCAUGUCUCAAAUAUCUGCUGGGAUGUAAAACAGGAAGGGCAUUUCCUAGUAUAAU